CACCCGAGCGACCAAUCGGCGUCCUCCUCCCUCCCUCCCCCCCCCCGACGAGAGAGAUGGCGGCCAGCGCGGUGCGGAGGGGCCUUUUGGGCCCGGCGCGGAGGCUCGCCGGGUCGCGGCGUUUCAGCAGCGGGGGCGGCUAUCCGGGCACCCCCUUGACGGCGCCUCUGCCGGGGCUGCCCAAGCCCGCCUUCGCCGGCCUGGACGGGCCGGAGGGCUUCGAGACGGAGGUCAGCGCCUUGGAGGGCGGGCUGCGCGUGGCUUCCCAGAGGAGGUUCGGCCAGUUCUGCACCCUGGGCGUCCUGAUCAACUCCGGGUCCAGAUACGAAGCCAAGUACACCGCCGGGAUUUCGCACUUCCUGGAGAAAUUGGCCUUUUCGUCUACGGCUCAGUUUAGCAGCAAGGAUGAGAUCCUCCUCAUGUUGGAGAAGCACGGAGGCAUUUGUGAUUGCCAGGUGUCAAGGGAUACCACAAUGUAUGCUGUUUCUGCAGAUAGCAGGGGCCUUGAUGCCAUGGUCAGUCUGUUGGCUGAUGUGGUUCUGCAACCCAGACUGUCAGAUGAGGAAAUCGAGAUGACUCGUAUGGCGGUCCGCUUUGAGCUGCAGGACCUGAACAUGAGACCUGAUCCAGAACCGUUGCUGACCGAGAUGAUCCAUGCAGCAGCCUACAGGGAAAACACUGUGGGGUUGAACAGGUUCUGUCCUGCAGACAACAUUGAGAAAAUUGACAGGACGGUCCUCCACUCGUACCUGAGGAAUUACUACACCCCCGACAGGAUGGUGUUGGCUGGCGUGGGGAUUGAACACCAGCAGCUUGUGGACUGUGCUCGCAAGUACUUCCUGGGAGCCGUUCCGGCGUGGGGAAGUGGGAAAGCCAAGGAUGUGGACACGUCAAUUGCCCAGUACACAGGAGGGAUCCUGAAGCUGGAGAAGGACAUGUCAGACGUGAGUUUAGGGCCCACUCCCAUCCCAGAGUUGGCCCACAUCAUGAUUGGACUAGAAAGCUGCUCGUUUCUGGAGGAAGACUUCAUUCCCUUCGCCGUCUUAAACAUGAUGAUGGGGGGUGGUGGCUCUUUCUCUGCUGGAGGCCCUGGCAAAGGCAUGUUCACGCGGCUGUACCUCAACGUCCUCAACCGGCACCACUGGAUGUACAAUGCCACCUCCUACCACCACAGCUACGAGGACACCGGCCUCCUGUGCAUUCACGCCAGUGCAGAUCCCAGACAGGUCCGUGAAAUGGUGGAGAUCAUUACCCGGGAAUUUGUUUUAAUGGCUGGAACCCUGGGAGAGGUUGAGCUGGAGCGGGCCAAGACUCAGUUGCGGUCCAUGCUGAUGAUGAAUCUGGAGUCCCGGCCGGUCAUUUUUGAGGAUGUUGGGAGACAGGUCUUGGCCACAGGAGGGAGGAAGCUACCACAGGAGCUCUGUGUCCUGAUCGGCAAAGUGAGUGCCAGUGACAUCAAACGGGUAGCAACGAAGAUGCUGCGGAAGAAGCCAGCGGUUGCCGCCCUGGGGGACUUGCGGGAGCUACCCAGCUAUGAACACAUCCAGGGUGCCCUUUCCAGCAAGGACGGGCGGCUUCCCAGGGUCUACCGGCUGUUUCGUUAAAGUGGCAGCUGCUUCACCGAGACAUUUGGUUGAGACAAGCCAAUGCUUGCCAAGAGGCUUCUCACCUGCUAGGAGGGCGGCUUGGUGCGCACACCGGGCACCGUAGGAGGGUGGUUGGCAGAGUCACAUGUCUGUUCCAAUUCUGUUCAUCGUCAAGAUAACUUAUUUUGUGAGACUCAAAACUUAAAUGAGAAGAUGGAGGCCGGACGGUUGAAGAGAGCUGCUCCUACAAAUCAGAUUGCUAUUUUGGUAUUUCAAAUUCCUGUCCUUGUUGAGUUGUCUUGAAUUAAGGGACAAUUAAGUCUGAGCCCAAGGCAAUCCAUGGCGAAGAAUACAGAUAAAAAGAGUUAAUGAGGGUGUGGUAUGUUGACCUUUGUUUCCAAAAUUAAGUUUAAAUUAUGAGUGGUAAAUCAGAGUGCAAUUGUAUUUUGAAUUGGUAGCAACAAAACUGAAUUUCAGGAUUGGGUAGAUUUAUUCAGAGUCUACGUUGCAUCCUUAGUUAGACAGAUUGGGCGUUCGUUAUUACCUGAUACGCCCUUUCUCAUUUAGAAGAAACAGCAGUCAGGAAUGGGUUAACUCCAUCUGUUAACUGCUUGGACUGAGUCUGCCAAAUUGUUAAAUCACUCCUCUUCCUGUUGCUUGCCAGCUUUUUGACGAAGGCAGUGACGCAGACUGAUGUGUUGAGCUGUAACUAGAACAAAGACCUACCCUCCCACAUCCUAGGGGCAGACUAAAAACCCCUGGCGAACUGACUGCUGUUUCUUCUAAGCUGAGACAGGGCUUAUCAGGUAAUAACCAACACCCAUUUUCCAUCCAGGAAGCAACAGCAGUCAGGAAUGGGACAUACCAAAGCCUUGUCCUCUUGGGAGGGAGAAGUCCGGGCCUGUGGUCCCUGAUCUAAAUGGACCCUCUGUAGAACCCGUUUGCCAAAAGCAGCCUCAACCGAGGUGUAAGAAUCACGUUUGUAGUGACGUACAAAGGGAGAAGACGACCAAGUAGCUGCCCUGCAGACCUCUUCCAGAGAGGCCUGCAGACCCCAAGCUGCUGAAGUAGCAGCACUACUGGUCGAAUGAGCUGUAAUACGCCUGGGCACAGGUAAGGAUUGCAUCUCAUAAGCUAUAGAGAUACAAGCCCUGAUCCAGCGUCCCAAUGUGGGGGAAGCAACCCUGCUGCCUAGGGUGGCCAGCUGAAAAGAAACAAAAAGGGACUGUCCUCCUGAGAGAAGAGUUUUUAAUAUAUAUGCAGAGAGCCCUCUGCAUGUCCAACUUAUGCCAAACCCUCUCCAAACCGUGGGAAGACUCGGGCAAAAAUUGGGAAGGAUCAACUCCUGAGCCCUAUGAAACCAAGUAUUUAUCUUGGGAAGGAAUGUAGGAUCGAGGCGUAAAACUACUCUGUGAGAAUGGAAUACACAGAGAUCCACCCUGAUAAGACAGCCGCCAGCUCAGAUAUGCGCCAAACUGAAGUAAUAGCUACUAAAAAGGAAACCUUAUUGGAAAUAAAUUUUAAACUAACCUCUCGGUGAGGUUCAAAGGGACUCCUGGUAAGGGCAGUUAAGACCCUGUUCAAGUCCCAAGUAGGAAAGCGGUGGACCACAGGAGGUCUGAGAUUGGUGCCCCCCCGAGGAACUGUCUAAUCACUGGGUACCUGGUCCCACAGGUCAGAAUGGAAGAAAGGGCUGCCACCUGUCUCCGAAGAGUAUUAGGAGCCAACCCAUCAUCUAAACACUUUCGAAGAAAUUCUAAAACCUGAACCACAGAAACCGAAAUGGGAACUAGACCCCCUCUUUUGCCCCAGGAACAAAACGCCCUCCAUGUAGCAUUAUAGAUAUGGUUGGUGGAAUCCCUGCGGGAAGCCUGGAUAGUAGCUAUGAUCCUGGAGGAAAGGUUGUCACCCCUCAGCAGGACCCGCUCAAGCGCCAAGUGGUCAGUUGAAACCACUGAGAGUCCGGGUGUACCAACGCCCCCUGCCUGAGGGAUAUUUUGUCCCGAGGUAACCUCCAGGGGCAUUCCACUGAGAGGGCCACUGGAUCUGCAGACCAAGGUCUCCUGGGCCAAUGAGGGGCCAGAAGCAGAAGUUCUCUAGAAGUUCUCCAGAAGCUUCCGGAUGACUGGGAGUCAGAGAAAGAAGAGGAAAGGCAUAUAGGAGCCCUGAUGGCCAUGGGUUCCGCAACGCAUCCACUGCGUUGAGUCGGAAAUUGGGAGAAGAAUCUUGGAACUUGACAGUUGUCCCGGGUGACGAACAGGUCUACCACUGGAAGGCCAAACCAGUCCGUCAAAUCCCUGAACAGGGACGAUCCAAUCUCUACUCUGCCUGGUCGAUUGAGGUCUGAGCCAGUUCGCCUGGAUGUUCACCACUCCCGAAAUAUGGUCCGCUCGGAUGGAUGACAGGUGAGACUCUGCCUAGAGGAUCAGUCUCUCCGCCUCCUGCAUCAGAGCCCAGGAUCUGAUCCCUCCUUGAUGAUUUAUGUGAGCCUUGGUGGCCAUGUUGUCAGUACUAAGAUGUCAUUGCCCAAGACUAGUGACUCAAAACACUUGAGAGACAGAUGGACGGCUCGUAGUUCCAACCAGUUGAUGUUGUGGAAAAGAUCCACUGGAGACCACUGACCUUGAGCCAUCUGGGAUCUGAGAUGAGCCCCACAGCCGAAAAGGCUGGCGUUGGUUAUCAGGAUGAGACGAGAUUCCUGGAACCUGCAACCCUGAGCAAUGGCGUUGGAAGCCCACCAUGCGAGGGAAAAUCAGACCUCCGGCGGAACCUCUACUCGAACUGGAGACGUACUGCACCAAGCUUGUUGGAAUGAAAGGAGACACCACUGCAGAGCCCUGCUGUGGAGACGAGCCCAAGGAGUGAUGCCGAAACACUACACCAUCUUUCCCAGCAGCUGCGAGAGAAGCAGUAGGGAAGAAGAAUGAUCUGACCUGACUCCGCCAGGUCCUUCAGGCUGGAUUGCCGGUCCGGUGAAAGAUACACCCUUGACUCCACUGUGUCUAUUAUUACCCCUAGAUGAAGCAAGCGUGUUGUGGGGAUCAGAUGACUUUUGGAAUGGUUUACUGAGAAGUCAUGAGAUUGGAGAACCUGAAUGGUGAUAUCUAGGUCCUGUCUGGCACGGGACUCUGAACUGGAGUGGAUGAGAAUAUCAUCCAGGUAGAUCUGGAUACGGACAGAUAAAGUCCUGAGAUGGCCCACCAAGGCUGACAUCACUUUGGUAAACACCCUUGGGGCGAAGGACAGGCCGAAAGGCAACACCUGGUACUGAUAAUGUUUCCCUGUGUAUUGAAACCGAAGGAAUUUUCUGUAAUGUGGAUGAAUGGGGACAUGCAGGUAGGCCUCUGUGAAAUCUAUUGACGUGAGUAGAUCUCCCCUCCUGACACCCUGCAAAAUGGAGUGGAGAGAUUGCAUCUUGAACCUGCAAUACACUAUAUAAUGGUUCAAGGUCUUGAGAUCCAGAAUUGCCUCCAACCGCCUGAGGACUUCGGAAACAGGAACAGUCUGGAAUAAAAUCCCUGACCUUGUUGCACCUCCGGAACUGGCUGAAUGGCGUGAAUGGCCAAUAAGUUUGCUAUGGUCGAAUCCAUGAGGCACCACUUCCCCCAAUUCUGCGAUACAGGACAGCAGACAAAGAACCUCGUGGGGGGGGGGUGGACAGGAAUUCCAGGGAGAGGCCUGACUUUACCGUCUCCCUGACCCAAGAAUCAAAGUGGAAACUUCCCAUUGAUGGGCAAACAGAGCCAGCUGCCACCCCCCCAUGGGAGGCUUGGAAGAGCAGUCAUUUGGACCUACGAUAGGGGCAACCCUUCCCACCCCAAAAGGAACGUUUGGAUGGAUAACGGUGCCCCUGUCUGCCCUGCCAAUCCUGACUCUGUCUGAAGGCAAAUUGUCUCUGUGAACGUUGCCCCCCAAAACAACCGUCUAAUCCCCGAAAGGAAGAAAGACAAAAAUACAGACUUGAGCGGACUUCCGCUCUUCUUGUCAAAUUAGGCAUAAUCUUGCGUUUGUCCCUAGAUUCAACCAGAUUCGCCAAACAGUUUCUCUCCUUUAUAAGGAGAAGAAGCUAGUCUCCAUUUGUUCCUAGCAUCAGCCUGCCACUGGUGAAGCCACAGAAGACAUUGAGAAGUGAUGGAAGAUCCAAUGGCCUUAGACACAAAUCGAGACACAUUCAGUGUUGCAUCUGUGGAAAAUUCCACCACUGCCAAGAACUUGAUGAGAUAUGAUAUCUGUGACUGGAAUACGGUCCAGUAAUUGCCUUAACCAGAGUAGAGACGCCCUGUUAAAAAAUGAUGCAGCUGAAGAUGCCUUGACUGCCCAGGCUGCAGCCAGAUGGGCCUUGACCAGAGAUUGCUCCGAUUUCUUAUCCUCUGGAUGGAGGUGCUCCUCCGGAGGACCAGGGAGGUUGGAUUGUGAUGACAGAGCCACCACUGGAGGAUCAACUACUAGUACUUGUAAAGAUUUGGUCAUAUCAGAACCAAUAUUGUAAAGGCGUUUGUCCAAACUGCUGGGAAUGGGACCCGAGCCAGGAGAGACCCACUGUCGCUGUACCAUGUCGAGAAAAAGUGUGGAGGCCAGAACCUCCUCAGAUUCAACGAUGGGCUCCACAAACAAAGGAUCAGCUGGGUCAACGGGCUCCGAAACAGUUCCAGGAGUUGUCUGUACAGAGCCCUGUUGAGUGGUCACCUUGGCUUUGUGCAGCAGUGACCGGAAGAGAUGAGGCCUAAAGAGUCCAACAAAUGGUUGGUCAGGUAAAAGAUCUUCAUCAUCAGAUAACUCAGUAUCACGCUGCAUCUCCUCUCCAGAAAGAGAAACCUGGCCAGAAGAUGCCUUGGAACAUUCCGGAUCCCAAAAGGGAAUGAAAGAUCCCAAUCCUUGUUGUCUAUGUUGGAAAGAAUGAGCUCUAGAAGGCUCAGAAAUCAUAGCAGCAGAAAUACGUUUUACUCCUGCCUCAAUGCCUUGGCUCAUGGCAUUAGUAAUCAAGGUGGACAAGUGAUCCGCAUAGUGAGCGUCACCCUGCUGGCUGGGCUGCAAGCCCGUAGAGAUGGGAGUGGAGGAAACCCCAGGUGAAUGAGACCUGCGUUCCACUUGCUGCGCCCAAGGGAUCACCGUUGGUUCAAGAGCAGGCAUUGCUCCAAAACCCAAGUCACUGCCACCGGGCAAGGGAGGAGCUUGUGCUGGAUCCCCAUCUGGAGACCAGGCAGCUGGAGGAGCUUCCUCCUGAAUAACAGACAGUUCCGGUAUCUCCUCAGAGGCAAUCUGGGCCUUAGGGGGGACCCUUGGAAUGGGAACUCUUCCCUUGUAAAACAGCCUCCUCAGAAAUCUGCUGAGGUGCCCUUGCAGGAUCCUUAUGCUUAUGUUUGGACGCCCUUUUAGACUGCUGUGAGGUUUGGGAUGAAGGCAUUUGAGCAUGAGAAGCAGAACCUGUCUUGCCCCUCCCAAGUGAUGGAGAGCCAGAAGGCCCUUCCCCUGGAUCACUGUCCUGUCCUGGUGGCCUGAUCUGGAUCUGGAUCUGGAUCUGGAAUGUCCUGAAGUAGUGGAAGCCAUAGUGACCACUCCUGUAAGGAGAAUGAGGCCACGGUGAAUAAAGGUAACAAAAUUACCCCUUACUGCAGGCCCUGCCAUGGAAUAAGAUUGCAAAGCCUGCACACAGGCCCAAUAGGGGGAUCACAACCUCAAAGACUAAAGGCCUCACCAGAAAACGCUGGGUAACUGUAUAAAGGCCCCAGAGCCAUAGAGACCUGCUCAUGAGCUCCUGCCCAGUAACGAGAGAAAGAGUAUACCCGAAGAUGCCAGUCAACCAGGAUCGGUCUUACCCAGAUUGAAGAGCGCAGCUGAAAAGCCUCUGCUCGAACUUGCCGCCGAACUCCUUGUAGUGGCCUCAAAAUGGCCGCUGAACCUCCUUGUAGUGGCCUCAAAAUGGCCGCUGAACCUCCUUGUAGUGGCCUCAAAAUGGCUGCCGAACCUCCUUGUAGUGGCCUCAAAAUGGCCACCAAACCUCCUUGUAGUGGCCUCAAAAUGGCUGCCGCCUACCUACCACACGGUCUCAAAAUGGCCACAGCACCUCCCAAAUUGGCUUCUGCUUCUUCACAUGGAUUCAAAUUUGCCGCAAUUUCACUGGCACAAAAAAAGGGCCACCGCGACUCCUAGAGGCUCUGCGCUGCCGCUCCUUGCCAGGUAGGACAGCACUAUGGGGCUUAGCUCAUGGGCGCUGUCUGAAGUGGCUGAAAUGGUGCCGGUCCUGUGUACUUUCCAGACAAGUGCUACGGAGCUCUGUUUGUGGGCGCUGCUGUUUUAAUUUACAGAGGGUCCGAGUCCUCAAGUCCCCUGUAGGUCAGUCACCACGAGGCAAGCCUGUGAGUGCUGCCCAGAGGUCCUCAGCCAAGCGACCUCUCACCACCCUAGCAGUCCUCAGCGGCUCAGGCUAAAUCGCCCCUCACGCUGGAAAGAAAUUAAGAGGUACCUGAUAGGAAUCAAUAUUCAGCAAAAAGAAUAAAAAUAAUAAAACUCCUUGUCUCCAAAGAAACGCAGUCAGUGAAUGGAUAGCUCAGAGAAACAAGUCUGCCCAGUUAGACUGAGUCUAAAAAAGCUGGCAAGCAACAGGAAGAGCCGUGCUUUUAACAAUUUGGCAGGCUCAGUCCAAGCAGUUAGCAGACGGAGUUAACCCAUUCCUGACUGCUGUUUCUUCCUGGAUGGAGAAAAGACCGUUUUCUCUGUUACUCUUGACCCAAGAUGAAAACUUUUCCCCUAUAGAUAGUCCUUGACUGAGGACCACAGUUUGAACCAGAAUUUCUGUUGUAAAUCGUAAUAAAUUCAGACAUCAUGUGACAGGAAUGGGACAACUUGGCACAACUUGCUGCAGCCAACUCACCAUGGCCAACUCUGCAGGACAAUUUUAAUAAUUCAGUUUAAUUUUUUUAAAUAAAUAAAAAUUUAUAUUUUUA